CCGACCAAGCCUCCACCCCGUCUCCCACCGCGCCAUGGCCGCCGCCUCUCCUCCCGCUCCCGCCUCCUCAUCUCCGCCUCCUCCCGCCGCACCCGACGGCGACGGGGACGGGGCUGGGUGCGGCGCCGCCCGCUGCUCCUCGCCCACGCCCGCGCAACGCAGGAGGACCUCCCCCAACCGCAGCGGCGGGAGCGCCCGCAAGAGUCCGGGGUCAAGAGAUUUUGCAGGAGGUUCAGUUUUAAAAUCUGUGAAUAAGUCAACAUUGCACUUCAAGAAAUCUAGGAAUCGCAGAAGUGGUUCCCCUAACAACUGGACCCCUCGGAAGAAGACUGAAUCAUACAUGAAGAGAAAGAUCAAGCAUCUUCAGGAAGCUGAUGGAAUGACUGCGUCCCUCCAUGAGACUCUAGGAAAUGCAAAUCCUCACUAUACUAGGAUGGCAAGGGAGAAGAUAGCAGCGAGAGAGGCAGCCAGAAAGGCAACAGAUGCUCGCAAAGCUGCUAUGGUUGAAGCUUCAUGGUGCAGAAUUCUUCGAGCGGCCAGGAUCCAAAAUAAAAAUGCUGAAGAAGUUAUGGAGAAAGCCAUGCUACAUGCGACUGAAGCAUUUGAGGAAGCUCGAGCAAUGGGUGUGAUGAUGUAUGACAGACCUGACUGUCCACAUCAGCAGUAUGAGGUGGAAUCAUCGUCGCAUACUGGAGCACAAUCAACCCAUAAAGUUACCGCAUCAUUUCAGACAGCUUUUCAGGUUGAUAUGGAGGUUUCUGCUGCAGUCAAAAAGGCAUUUGUUCAACUUGCAAACUCUCCAGAUUCAGCAAAGAGAGAAGAGUUUAAGGAGCUAUUAUGGAAAAUCAGCCAAAAUCCUGAUUUCGCAGAGACUGGUGAGAAUUCUGAAGAUAAACAGCAGCUGGUUGACUGUAGUAAUGAAGAUACAAGUGUGUUGAAACUCAAUAAAGAAAACAUCAGCAGCAGAUGUGUUUCUUCUGAUUUCAAUACCACAAAAGUUCAAGAAUCAAUAGAUGUUGUUAACAUUAUGCUUGAAAGGCUAAAAGCUCUUCAUGAAGAAGAGCUUGCCUCCUUAGCAGUCAUUGUAGCUACAUCUGGCCUUAAUGCUGCACUUCAAAAUGAAAGAAGCAAAUAUCAUGAAACAGGCGCUGAAAACAACAUUCGUGCUGGGUCACUCAGAUCACAAGCAAGGAGGUAUUCUACUGCAGCAAGUUUUAUUGGUGUCCAAGGACCAAAGAAAGAAGUCACUUCUGAGUUACCAAGUCUGGAUAAGUUCUUGGUGAAGCAUCUUUCAAAACUUGAAAGAGAAGUUCAGGAAGCAAGAGAAGCAAGCAGAAAAUCCAUUUCAGUAAAGUCUGUCACACAAGGUGCCCACAGCCAAUUUACAGUCAGCAAUGCAAAGGCGCCAGAAUCAACUUCAGACCUCAGCAGCAUUCUGGUGAAGCAUGUGUCUAAGCUCGAGAAGGAGAUCCUGGAAGCAAAGAAGAUCAACCAAAGAAUUCACCAGGUGGAAGGAAGUUGCGAGGAUGUCAAAUUAAAUGACAAACAAUUAGAAUUUAACAAGAUUCAACCAGAAGCUGAAAAUAACUGUGAUUUAAAGGGAAGCUGUGAAUCCAAGGGAUCCUUUAAAGACAGCAAUCGCAUAGAAGAUAAUUAUGAUUGUGUGCAAGAAGACAAAGAGAACAAAAUUUGGUAUUCACGUCAGCUACCACCCUCUGGUGCAAAGAGCAAACAGGGUGGCAAGAGGUUAACUCGAGUUGAAGCUGCUAGGCUGGAAGCACUUAAAUCAUUUUGUACCAUAGAUGGCAACACAUUAGAUGCUGGCCUGGACAAGAUCUUCAUUAAGCCAAUCCAUAGAUUGGAGAAGGAAAAGAGGGAAGCACGUGAAGGACAAAUCAAUGUGCAGAAACAUCCCCAGAAGCUUGGUCAAAGCGCAACUGUGACAGAGGGUGGCUUAGAUGAUAUCUUAGUGAAGCAUGUCUCAAGGCUGGAAAGAGAAAAGAUUGACUACCAAAAGAGGGACGCACUGGGAGAAGGAUGGAACAAUGUGCCACAUGAUCAGCGGAGGAAUGAUAACAGUGGCAAAUCAUCUGAUAGUUUAGAUCAAGUCUUAGUGAAGCAUGUAAGUCGACUGGAAAGGGAAAAGUUGGAAUAUGAAAAGAGGAAUGCACUAGGAGGAGAAAGCAGUGUGCAGGAUAACAAGGAAAUGCACUGUAACAAUGCUGCAGCUUCUGACAGUUUAGAUCAAAUCUUAGUGAAACAUGUCUCCAGACUUGAAAAGGAGAAGAUAGAGCAUGAAAAGGAUGGUGGUAUGAUCCUGCUAAAGAAGAGUCAAAGACAUUGUACAAAUGAAGCUGCGGGAAGCCUGGCUGACAUCUUUGUCAAGCGUCCAACGAAGCUUGAGCAGGCGAAACUGGCUUCUGCUGCCGAGGAAAAACCAGCUAGUGGCUUAAACCCUGUCGAAGAGCGUAGAAGAGCUAGACAGAAGGAGCUUCUGGAUGCGUGGGGAGGAAUGGGUCUGGGGAACUCGAUGAAGCCCCAUGUAUCCAAGAUUGAGAGGGAUAAGGCUGCUUGGAGGAUAGCUGAGGAUGAACAGAAGCAGAUGGCUGCUGCAAGGGAGCCAUGACUUCACUGAACCUGGACAAAUAUCUGAUGCAUUGUGCUCCAGCUUGGAGGAAAAUGCAUCCUCUGAAAUCUGAACUCCUUCCUUUUGCUUAAGACAACUGACAGUUGUUUGGGAGGAUGAGAUGUGAAGGGCGUCAUGACCUGUACCAGUGCUGCAAAGCGUGACACUGUCAACAGGUUACAUAGAUCGUAUCCCCUUUAUAUUUGUUGUUGCCUCUGGUACAAUCUCCUUCGGUUGUUGCUCCCUUGUAAUUACGUAUUAUUGUCCAAUUCUCCAGCAUAUAAUUGGGAGCAAGUUCAAGUGAAAUCAACUCUUUUGGAGAUGAUGAACAAAAAGGCCCAAUGCAGUUUCCUAGCUGCAGUUACUAACUGCUGUGGCCUAUAUAGAUACUGUUAUUUUUUUCUCUUUUGUCAACACCCGGCGUAGAUUCUGCGCAUACAUGCAACAUUUCUGGUUGCUCUUGCAUUUCCUCAUGACGGAUGAACAACGCGCAAAAUGGCCAAAUGAAUAUUUUCGCGUUGCGCGUUGUCUUUUUGACCUUGAGCCCUUGAGGCAGCUUUGCCAUGAUAACUGUUUGCAUA